GGGUGAGAUUCUCUAUAUAGAUAAAAACAUCUAUAAUUAUUCACUCCUCCGCUUUAAAGACUGCUUAUUUUGACAAGAAAAUUGGUCCGUUUUCACCUAUAAUCCUUAUGUCCGUUUUGACCAAAAUACCCCGGUCCGUUUUAACCUAUUAUCAACGGGUCCGUUUUGACCUACAGCGCUUAGACGUCAGUCGCACUCCAUCGACCAGUGUGACCACAAAGACGGAAGAAGAUGCAUGCAGUAUUGUCGUUGGCCUUUGUUAUGAUUAAUGAAAUGAGGCUUUGUUGACUAAAAUGUCGACUGGACAUUUAAAAGCCUGUGGGGCCGUUCAGAGAUCAAGUGCUAUUUGUAACUGUGGAGGAUUUUAUAAGGACAGAAAACGCCUUGUGCUUUUCACAAUAUUCACUGAAACCAGCUGAUACUGCUUGGACAGACAGUGUGUAGCAUUAUGCCAGGUCGAGGUAGAAGAUUGCUACUACCUGGUCAGGGUAUGCCACAGGAUAUGCCGCUGGGUGUACCACCAGGUUGGCCACUGGGUAUACCACAGGAUAUUCAACAGGGUAUGCCACAGGAUAUUCAACAGGAUAUUCAACAGGGUAUGCCACAGGAUAUUCAACAGGGUAUGCCACAGAAUAUUCAACCGGGUAGGCCACAGAAUAUUCAACCGGGUAUGCAACAGAAUAUUCAACCGGGUAUGCCACAGAAUAUUCAACCGGGUAGGCCACAGGGUAUGCCACGAGGUAUACCACCCGGUAGGCCACAGAAUAUUCAACAGGGUAUGCAAGGAGGCGUACCACCAGCUAGGCCACAAGGCAUACCGCCCGGUGGGCCACUGGGUAUGCCACAGAAUAUUCAACAGGGUAUGCGACUGGGUAGGCCACCGGCACUUCAGGGUAUGAGACCGCUGGGCAUGGGAAGAGGUCGUGCUGGCCGUGGUGUACGGGUGCUGGAUAACUUGCAGGCAAGAAGACCUGGGCAGCGAGCUCGCGCUCGACCACCACGCCAGGUGCACAAUGUUCCUCCUGUCCUGGAGAUGGCAGCUGUGGAAUUAGGACCCGAGGGAGGGGAGGAUGUUGUUUAUAUGCGUGAAGAGCCAAAUGGGGCAGGGGUGGAGCCAAGUGGGGCAAGUGUGGAGCCAAGUGGGGCGGGGGUGGAGCCAAAUGGGGCAGGGCUGGAGCCAGGAUUUGAAGGCGGACCACAGGCCAGGGCACCAUUUCAAGGUGGAGCUUGGGCACUGCCUCCUGGUGGACAUCAGGAAGGGGCCCAGUCUCAAGGAGGAGCUAGGGUGGGCAUCCCUGAAGGUCCUCUUCAACCCUUGGCAGUUGGAGGAGAGGAUGGCCCAGGUCCACCCUCCGGGAUGGGACAGGAUGGCGCUGGUCAGGGUGGAGGAGAGGGCGGGGCUGAGGGCGGGGCUGUGGGCGGGGCUGUGGGUGGACAGAGAGGGGAUCAGGAACAAGAGCAAAGACCAAGAAGAAAUCGCUACUUUGAACCCUUUACAAGACCUGACAACAUUAUUGACACGAAGGGUAAGUCACAACAGAAUAUAUCGUCCUGUUUGUAA